AGCAGAAUUAAAGGCUGUGACAGGAAGGCUAGAUGACAUCCUAAGCAUGGACAACCAGGCCAGCAAAGUCCAGCAGAAGAUCAGUAAGGUCUUUGGCUGCCCUAGACCUUUUAAAUCUGAAGAAGCAGCAAGGGCUGUGUUGUUUGUGGAGGCCAUAAGCAGAGCACUCAGUUUAAACACAGGAGGAGUGCAACUUGGAGAUGUGGGAGAAAAAGAGAAGAGGAUUGCCUGUUAUCUGUGCCAGUAUGGAGAACCUGUGAGGCAUAAGUUGGUGCAGCUGAUGUCUGAUCUUUAUUGCCAAUCCGAGGAUGCUGAUUUGGAAACUUUCAAUAAAGCCAUUGCAGAGCUGGAAGUAGAAUUGACAAAGCACAGUUUAUAUACUCCACACUCCAGCUCUAUGGAAUUGGACACACCGCUGGAACCAUUGGCAUUCACAGCUGACAGUCUUCUCACCAAGAUAGCAAUGUGGCCAGUGUGUUUGUAUUUUGAACUCCUACAGGAGCAGAAGAUAUUGUUAAAUUUGACCACUGGAGGGAACAAAGGAGAAAUACAAACCUUCAUAGAAUAUUGCCUGACAUUUUUACCAGUGGAAGCCAACCAUAUUGCACCAUAUGCCCUGUUUCUACGUGAAAGCCAAAAGGAUGACUUGUUCUUGGAAUUAAGAAGUCAAAUGUGUCUGCAGUUGAUGAAGCAAAAGAUGACCAGUUUUGAUCACAUGGUACAGAGGUUGAUACAGAUGUCAGGGGCUGGAGCUGAUAUUGAAGAGACAGAAAUUAGACAGGUCGCUCACGGAAGCUCAUGUGCUCCAUCAUUGAGCCUCUCUGUCUUCAGACUGGUGUUAGGGGAUGACCUGGGCCAUCCAGGGGCCAGUGGAACCGAGAUGUCGGCCAUAUUGAUUCCUGCCACUGCUGGGCAGUCUCAGGAGAAAGUGGCCCAGAUGAGGUUACUUUCCAGACAGCUGUGGGUACAUGCAGCUAAUGUAGCCACAGAGGACUGGGACAGAUGUUGUCUUGAUAACAAGUGGUUGACCUCCUCACUGAAGAUGAUUCUAAAGUGUUUGACUUCUCUGUCAUCUGGUGAUCACCACAGUUAUCUUGAAGAUGCCAUUUUUGAAGUUUUCAAGGAUGACAUCAAAGAAAUAAACAAGAAAGCAGCAUUGUCUGCAAUCAAGGACCUGUUGAAUGCACAACAAGUUUUGCCAGACUCGGUCUUGAAGUUGGUGGAAGAUCAUACCAAAAGAUUUGUUGUAGAGAAGGAGAGAAGUGUCCACGCCAAAAAUUCAUAUCUUAUGCAGGAUUGUGGCAAUGCCGUUGAUACUGCUAUCACACAAUUCAUGGACUCAGAUGAAGAGUUUUCCUGUUCUUGCACUCUGGCUUAUGUUGGCUUGUUACAAGUUUUUCUAUUGGCUCCCCAGGGACCUGUAGAUCCCAUAGAAAAGCAAGCCAUUAAGUUACAGUACAUAGGAGAAGAGCUUGAUGAAAUUGGCGCUGAGGUGAGGGUGAGAAAGUGGAACCAUGAACUGCAGACCGGCUUAUCAUGGGAUGUGAAAUCAGUAGCACACCAACAUCCCAGGUUAAGAUAUCUGGCUGAGAGAGGAGACUUACUGAGGAACAAGGCAGAUAAAUUAAGAGAGAGGAUUGCCACAAGACCUACUCCUUCACAGUUCCCAGUCCUGCUCCAAGAUGUCAGGCAAUUUCUACAAAGCGUCUGCUCAGUAGAGAAGGUCACCUCCAUGUUGAACAAGCUUCAGGUCUGCUGGAGCAGCACACAGUCUUCCGACAAGGAACUGCAAGAAAUGAAAAGAUGUCUGAGGGAAGUGGGAGCUUGGCAAGCCACCGCUUGGCACUUUGUGCAUAGGAUGGAGGAGCAGUAUCCAUUGUACAGGGACCUACUGGGACCCUUCCUAAUGGGAGUAGCUCAGGUGGUAUUUGGACUGAGGAGGAUGUGUGGCAUGGUUGACUUGAAAGAGAAUAGGAUAACAUUGUUCCCACAUCUUGACUGGAAGACACCAUACUUAGAAAAUCUUAUUCUAAGCCUCUGUAGUUUCCCAUUCGUCACUGAACACUUUCCAAGUUCACUCCAUGUGGCCCAGCAUCUUCUGAAAGACACAAACAUGGCUGUAGUACAGACACUGUCAAAUAGGUCAACUGAUGAUAAAUCUGCUUCUAAUCUUAAUCUCCAGGCUAACUUACUGAAGUGCUGUUUGCUACAUCUUAAAAACUAUGCCCUGGUGUCUGGAUGGCUGGACAGCAAAGUACUGUACGCACUGUCCAAGGUUCUCCACCAUUUUGUAACAUCAUGGAGAGAAGCAGAAGAGAGAAAGAAACAGAAGGAACUGGAAGAAGCAAGUCUUUACAGGUAUAAGCCCACAUCUCAUGGUGAUGAACUGACGGAGGAAGAGAGAGAAGAACUGGACUUUAAGCAGUCAUUCCCUCAGUUUGAUAAGGAUUUUGAAGACAUCAGUAUUGGGUUCACUCUGGAAAGUAAACUGGAGCCGGAAACAUCCCAGCAGCCAUCUGAUGAAGCUGACAGCACAGGUGUGACUGACACAACUCUCACUGAGCAGGAAAUGGCUGAAAUCUGCAGACUACAUAGUUAUUUGUUCUCCACUCUCACCACUACUGACUGGUUACCUGACCGUCGUAAAGAUGCUAGGAAAAGUGUGAAUUAUGUGGAUGCCAUGUUGCCUGGUUAUAGAGCAGCUAAGGAUCUGUGUUGUAGUAGCAGCAAAGCCUUGGAUGGCAGUAUUGACCAGAAUCUCAUUGGAGCCCAUUUACUUGCCAGUGGUCAUCUUCAAACCACAAUUAAGGGUGAUUCUCUCAUGGAAGCAGACCCACUAGUGAGCAGGGCUGACAAACCGUAUGAUAUCUAUCACAACUCUAAUGUCCCAGAGGUCAUCCAGUGCAGGCCUGUACUAGAGAGGUUUACUGCUGGAGUUAAAGCACUGCUGAAGGACUGGCCUGACCAUCCAACACUGAAACAGAUCCUGCUGGUCAUAGACCGGCUACUGUCCUUCCCUGUCACCAGUGCUCUGAUGAAGUUUGUAACUGGACUGGAAGUCUUGUUGCAGAAAGCACAGGAGUGGGAGUCCAAUGCAGCCCGCCAUGUUUCGCUGAUAAGCCAUAUUGAAGAGGUCACAGCUCUUGUCAUACAAUGGAGGAAACUGGAGUUGAAAUGUUGGAGUUCUUGCCUGCAUACAGUGAUGUGGAAAGUAGAGGAGAAGACAUCAAGAUGGUGGUUUCACAUUUACCAGCUUAUUGAAGCCUUCCUGAGUCCUGAUGAAGAGAAACAAAGCACAGAAGAUGGAUUUGAGUUUCAAAAGUCACUGCAGCAGUUCCUGGAAUCAGGCAUUCUUGGAGAUUACAAGGCCAGGUUGAACCUGUUGUAUGCCUUCCACUGCCAGGUUGCUAACAUGGACAGAACUCCUCAGCAAGAGCUUGUGUUAAAUCUGCUGUGGAAUGUAUACCAGUAUUACUCUCAAUUCUUGCCUAAUGUGGAAAGACAUCUGGCUCAGCUCAGGGCUCCUAUUGAGAGAGACCUCAAGGGUUUUGUUAAGAUUGCUAGAUGGAAUGACAGCAACUUUUGGGCAAUGAAGCAGGCAGCAGAGAAGACCCACAGGACUCUGCAUAAAUACAGGAAACAAUUUGAGACUGUAGUCCACCAGCCAGUGAGACUGUUGUUAACUGACACUGCUGAUAGUGUUGAGCAGAAGACACCCUCAGAUGUGGUUAGGAAACCCAUUAUAAACCACUUUAUAUCAGAUGAUACUUUGAAGGUUUGGCUGAAAGAGGCCUCACUUUUGGACAGUGGUGGUACUGAAGAUAGAGACUUGUUCUCCAAGCUUCCUGCCAUGUAUCAGAAAAUGAGGAAGUUGUGCAGAAAGACCAUGAGAGGCAGUUGCUAUGGAGACAUGGUUCAAGCUGUGGAUGAGUUGACUGGCGAUAUAGUCAGCACUGUUCAGGAAUUACAAGUUUUGGAUGUAAUAAAGGGAGAUGAUAAAGAGAAACAAAAAAGGGAAGCCAAAAACAUCAACCUAAGAAAACGCAAGGCAUUGGCUGACUUAUUUAAGUACCUCACCACCAUUGGUUUGUCCUACAGGAGAGGAUUGAACAUGCUCCAGACACCUGCAGAUGUUGACAGUGUCAUGAACAGCAAACCUCUUGACCUGGAUGUAGCUUUAGAUAAUGAUGUGGAGAGCAGUUGUGAUACGGAUACUGUUCUCAGUUGGGCAGGUUGCCAAAAAUACAUUUAUAGAUGUGUUGCUAGGAGAGCUUUGUUCCAUACUGCUCUACAGACUCCAUCUCAGGAAUUGGGUGUUGCAAAUUUAGAUCGCUGCAAAGGGUUCACUGUACACUUGAUGAAAGUAUUGGAGCAGCAAAGAGCAACACUUGCCAAUACAGCUGAACAGGUGGUAAAGUUAAGGUUAGUUGUGUAAUCUGAAUUAACAGCCCUUGAAA